GGCGAACAGGCGAGUGUUCGAGGUGGCUGUGGCAUGGCAGGGCGGCGGGUGAACGUGAACGUGGGAGUGCUGGGCCACAUCGACAGUGGCAAGACGGCGCUGGCGCGGGCGUUGAGCACCACGGGCUCCACCGCUGCCUUCGACAAGCAGCCCCAGAGCCGCGAGCGUGGCAUCACGCUCGACCUGGGUUUUUCGUGCUUCUCGGUGCCGCUACCCGCGCGUCUGCGGUCGGCAGUUCCCGCGCCCCACUCGGCGCCGGAGGCCGGGCCCGAUUCCGGCGAGCCGCAGCUUCAGUUUACGCUGGUCGACUGCCCCGGGCACGCCUCCCUCAUCCGGACCAUCAUUGGCGGGGCCCAGAUCAUUGAUCUAAUGAUGCUGGUCAUUGACGUGACCAAGGGAAUGCAGACCCAGUCAGCGGAAUGCCUUGUGAUUGGGCAGAUUGCUUGUCAGAAGCUGAUCGUGGUGCUGAACAAGGUGGACCUCUUGGCUGAAGGGAAGAGACAGGCAGCAAUAGAUAAAAUGGUCAAGAAAAUGCAGAAGACCCUAGAGAACACCAAGUUCCAAGGUGCACCGAUUAUAGCUGUGGCGGCCAAGCCUGGGGGACCAGAGGCCCCUGAUACGGAAGCUCCACAGGGCAUCUCAGAGCUCAUUGAGCUCCUGACGUCCCAGAUUUCCAUCCCAACAAGAGAUCCCUCGGGACCAUUCCUCAUGUCUGUGGACCACUGUUUCUCCAUCAAAGGCCAGGGCACUGUGAUGACAGGGACCAUCCUCUCGGGCUCCAUCAGCCUUGGUGACAGUGUGGAGAUUCCUGCCCUCAAGGUUGUGAAGAAGGUCAAGUCCAUACAGAUGUUCCACAUGCCUGUCACCUCAGCCAUGCAGGGAGACCGGAUAGGCAUCUGUGUCACUCAGUUUGAUCCCAAGCAGCUGGAGCGUGGCCUAGUGUGUACCCCUGAGUCCCUGCACACUGUCCAUGCAGCCCUCAUCUCCGUGGAGAAGAUCCCAUAUUUUCGGGCACCCCUGCAGACCAAGGCCAAGUUCCACAUCACAGUGGGCCAUGAGACAGUCAUGGGCCGGUUGAUGUUCUUCAGCCCUGCUCCUGACAAUUUUGACCACGAGCCUGUGCUGGAUACCUUCGACUUCUCUAAAGAAUACCUGUUCCAGGAACAGUACCUCUGCAAGGAUCUGGUUGCAGCAGCAGCAAACAGUGGCCAGGCCAAUGAGAAGGUGGGCCAGGCCGCAGAAGGCCAGUAUCCCCGGCAGCAAUGGGCCCUCGUAGAGUUUGAGAAGCCUGUCACCUGCCCUCGGCUGUGCUUGGUGAUUGGUUCCAGGCUAGAUUCAGACAUUCAUGCCAACAUGUGCCGGCUGGCCUUCCACGGCAUCCUGCUGCAUGGGUUGGAGGACAAGAACUAUCCCGACAGCCUCUUGCCCAGGCUGAGAGUGUACAAGUUGAAGCACAAGCAUGGCCUUGUGGAGCGGGUAAUAGACAACUACAGCGUGAUCGGCCGCUCCCUGUUCAAAAAGGAGACCAACAUCCAGCUCUUUGUGGGGCUCAAGGUACAACUCUCCACUGGGGAGCUGGGGGUCAUUGACAGUUCCUUCGGCCAGAGUGGCAAGUUUAAGAUCCACAUCCCUGGUGGCCUCAGCCUUGAAUCCAAGAAGAUCCUGACACUUUCCCUCAAAAAGCGGUGCCGGGCCAGUGGAGGGGAGGUAGCCAAGCAAGAGGAGGGUAUGGAGCGGCCGGAAACUACGCAGCAUGUGACACUCAGCCUGUCUUUCAAGCGUUAUAUCUUCGACACCCACAAGCGUAUGGUCCAGUCUCCCUGAGUGGCCCCAGGGCCACCUUGCCUGGGUCCAGGCUGGGCCGCAGUGCCAAAUGCCCAGCUAGAUGUGCCUCGACCUCCUGUAGUCUCUCCCCACAGCUCUGCAGGCAGCAGACCCCUAGACCCAGCAUUCAGCCCCAGUUAGAAGGCCAGGGGCCAGCAGGAGGCAGUGUCCUGUGAGGGAACAGCACCCGAGGAGGAAUGGGACUCAGAUGGAGAGCUGAUGGCCAGUAUCUCCGAGGCUGCCAGCUAGAGGUGACUGAGGGCUACUCCCCACCCUGUCCCCCUCAACAGCUGGGUACUUGCCAGCUUCAAAUAAAUGCCUCAUGGUACCCCCCACUGCUGGUGUCUCAGUGAUUUCACAUGAGGGUUUCCCUCAACUCCUUGCCACCCAGAAAUGUCGGGAACGACCAGGGCUCCUGCCAAGGUGUCUGGGGGAUAGACCCAACUCAACCCAGUGGGCUGAGAAGUCCACAAGUUGUUGGGCCCCUAGCCUAGUUUGAGUGGUCCCCAGCAUCUCCUGGGCCUUCAGGGGGCACAGGUGUUCUCUGGGCAUCCAAGUGCAGAAGACAUUUGAGGGGUGUCAGGGAUCAGCAGGGCACCAGGCCCAGGCAUUGGACUGGAGGGGUUGCUCAUUCAUUCUGACUCUAGGAGUUCCUAUGCCUCUGACCUUGAAUUUGGGUCACCUACUCUCCCCACAGUGUGUAGAUGAGGGCCGGUGACAGCCCUGCACAGAUCAUACUAUAAGCCAAGGGAUGUGAACAUUGCCUUUGCUUCUCUGCCCCCUGCACCAACAGGCCACCCCACCUUGAGGCCCAAGCUGUUGAUACUCAGAAAAGGAUGAAAUAGCAGAACUGACUGAGGGGAAAUCAAAAGUUUUAAAGACAUCCAUAGGAUGGACAGAUGUUCCAACGUUACUUUAUUUGGCCUCCAGAUGGACGCAGUAGCUACACUUUUAUCCUGGUAAUCAGUGAAUUAUGCUUUAAUUUGCAACAAUGACAUUAAAAGUAAGAACAGGAACAGAUUUUGAUCAAAUGUCUUGGUGGCGUUAAGCCCUAGAGCUUUGGGCAGAGAGGAAGAACAGAGUGGUGCUACAGAACACACUGUCCCUGUGUGCCUAGCAGCAGGCAGCCCUCAUUGCACAUACCAGUGACAGAGCAAGGCCCUUUGUAAAAUGGUGCAGGUGAAGGUGGCUGGCCAGUGACCCUCACUGGCCCUAC